AGCCAUUCUCUACACCAACAAUCAAGCUAUCCAGCUUAUUAUUCAUUAAGAUUUAUUCUCAUUCUACCUUCCUACUCACGCCAGUGGUGUGUAAGGGCGAACAAGGUUUGCGAUCUGUCGGAAGGCUCAGAUGGCUUGGGACCAUGCCAGUGUUGGCAUCCCAUACGCCUACAAUGCUUCCUCUACCCCUAUUUCCGAUUGCUAUUCUUUGAGCAUAUCAUGCCAUGAUGCAAUCAACCUUUUCUGCACACAUGGAUCUUGUUCCCAGAACCCCCCUGGUGGGGUGGCUGCUACUGACUGCUAUAUCUGGAAGUGCAGAGAAACCACGGUCAGAAAAUUUGAAGACGCCACACAAGUUAUGCAUUGGAAUGGACCUGUAGGCUAAAAAAAAAAAAAAAAAAAA